AGAGGUUGGAGACGACCGGGACUAUGCCCAGCCCCCAGGGGCGGGAGUGGACUCCAAGGUUUGACACAAAAUAGGAGCAUCACUCUAGGGUGAGGUCAAAGGUCAACCUCAUCUAGCCAGGAGCUAGGUCUCUCUCUUCUAGGUUAGUCGAUAUUCCCCUGAGAGAAAGAGAACCAGAGAGUAUGACCUAGGGCUCCAGUUUUGAAAGGCAUUUGUAAGUCCCGUGAUGAGAGCCAAACUCUCCUAGUACAAAAAACGUGGCUAGUUGCGGGGAGGGAGAGUUUAGAUAAGGAAUGGCUUCUGUUUGGUUUGAUUGCACUGUGGCCUGCCUGAUCACAUUGGCUCUAUUUGCAAAAACUAGCCUCUCUUUAGCCUAUCUAGCCUAAGAGCACCGUUUAACCUUUAACCCUUUACCUGUGGCCUUGGGGAAAAUUCCCUAAACAUUCAGACUUCUUAGACAUCUGAUACCAUGUUUAGACUCUCCCUCCCACUCUACCCCCAUCUCCAAAUCUGACCCUUAAUCAUGGAGAGGUUUUCCUGGGCUCUGAUUAAUGAACUUUCCCUCAGAAAAACCGAAGGUGUAUCAAGGUGUCCGGGUGAAGAUCACAGUGAAGGAGCUGCUGCAGCAGAGGAGGGCACACCAAGCCGCAUCAGGGGGAACCUCGUCCCGGAGCAGCAGCGUCCAGUUUCCAGAAGCAGUUUCCCCUUCUUCUGCAGACCCCUUUUUUGAGCCAGAGCCUAUUUCUUCUGCUCCCAACUAUUUUCAGCCCCGACAGUUUUCCAGUUGUGUGUCCUGUGAAGAAAACCCCAGCUGCCUCGACCAGGUCUUUGAGUCCUACCUUCCACCAGAGACGCUCCUGGACCACUCACUCGGCUCCACACAAGGCGUCCCACCACGUUUCCCGGACAGCUUUCAAGCCACCCCUUUCUGCUUUAACCAAAGCCUGGUACCAGGAUCACCCUCAGAUUCAUCAACUCUGUCCAGCCCUCUGGAAUACAGCUACUCCCCACCUCAGCAGCCAUCAUUGGCUCCAGUGACUUACAGCUCUCCCUCCUCCCUGGACACCAGAAACUGUGGGUAUCCCCCAGAAGAGUACUCAUACCAUCAUUUCCACUCUCACCCCCAAUACAGUUGUUGUGCCUCUUCCUCCUCUUCCUCUGUUUGUUACUGCACGUCAUGUGAGACAGAGCACCUGGACACCAUCAAAGUAUCAGAGUAUUUCUCAUAUCCAGAUACAGACUGUAUAGACUACUCCCAUUCCCUGCCGACAGCUGUGGCUGAUGAUUUCUAUAGAAGGGAAGCAGAUUGUGACAUCUGCUACAGUUAGUGGGAAUGAGAUUUCUUUGGAGUAUUGUAUGUGUAUAUUUUGCUACUCAAGUUAGGUAACACCUCAAAAAAAUGCCAUCUAGAAAUGAAUGUCACAGAGCACAGUUUACACUACAC